GACGAAGCUGGACGACCAGAAGAGAGAGGCGUAGAGGACGCUCGGACAGGUGGAAAAUGGCAAUCGCAGAGCCAGCGCGAGUGUACAACGUUUCGGGAGGAGGCAGGGGGAAUGGAGAGUCGUCCUCGUCGCUGUCUACGUCGCUUCCCGACCUGCUUCGCCGGCAUGGACGGUCGAACAAGCGCAAGUCGCGCAAUGCGCAGAAGAUCGAUGAGCAACUCGAUCGCAUCGAGCUCCUGCAAGACUUUGAAUUCCCUGAGGCGAGCAACGUCAUUAAGAGCACCAGAGAUGGUCAGCACAUUGUUGCGACGGGCACCUACAAGCCGCAGAUGAGGGUGUGGGAGUGCGAGCAGCUCAGCCUCAAGUUCGAGAGGCAUUCGGAUGCUGAGACAACCGACUUUGUCCUCCUCUCCGACGACUGGACCAAGUCGCUGCACCUCCAGAAUGAUCGCACGCUCGAGCUUCAUGGCCAGGGCGGGCACCAUGCAAGACUCAGGAUACCAAAGUUUGGUCGAGCGCUCGGCUACCAUUUUGGCACAGCCAACGCAUUGGUGGGUGCUGCAGGAAACGAGGUAUUCCGAUUGAAUCUAGACCAAGGGCGAUUUAUGGCCCCGCUCGAGCUGGGACCCGAAGUGCGAGGGGUAAAUGCGGUCGACGUCAAUCCAGCUCACGGGCUCCUGUCAUUCGGUGCCGAGGGGGGUGGCGAGAGCGGUGUCGAGAUCUGGGAUAUUCGGAGUCGGAAUCGAGCAGGUACGCUCAAUGUGGCAACGAGGGAUGUCGUCGAUGCCGCCAUCCUGUCUUCGCGGAGAAAGUUGCCAGGAGUCUACCGGGAAGGAGAAGACGACGAAGCGGCUCUUGCCGACGCCGUGUCUUCGCUCAGCGUCACUGCGCUGAGCACCUCGUCAGACGGCUUGAACCUCGCCGCGGGCACGAGCACGGGGCAUGUGCUGCUGUAUGAUCUUCGCAUGACAAAGCCCUAUGCGACCAAGGACCAAGGAUUCGGCUUACCCAUCAAGAGUCUCAGCUGGCCUAGCGAUGUCAAUUCCGGUAGGCAGUCGCGGCCAGCCACGGAGAAGCGCGUGCUCUCAGCCGACGAAAAGGUCAUCAAGGUCUGGUCAUCGCAGGAGCCGUCCGACAACAUCGUCACCAUCACGCCCAGCGCGGCGACGGGCAACCUCAACUGCGUUCAUCAACUGCCUGGGACCGGCCUGGUGCUGGCAGCCAACGAGGCGACAAGGUGUGCUGCCUGGUACGUGCCCGAACUGGGCGUGGCACCAAAGUGGUGCAGCUUCCUCGACAUUCUCACCGACGAAGCCGACGGCGAGACAACGUCGACGAGCAAGAAGGGGACCUACGAAGACUUCAAGUUCGUCGACCAGUCCGAGCUCGAGAGGCUGGGGCUCACCCAUCUCAUUGGGUCGCCCGUGCUGCGACCGUAUAUGCACGGCUUCUUCAUGUCGCUCAAGCUCUACGACAAGGCGAGACUUGUCAGCAACCCGACGGCCUACGCAGACGCACGGGAACGGGCGAUCAAGGCCAAGAUGGAUCAGCUGGCCGAGAGCCGUAUCAGAGAGUCGCCAAAGGAGCUGGCGAGAAGACGCAGAAACGAGAAGGAGCUCGAGACGAUUCGGGUCAACCGCGACCUCGCGGCCAAGCUCCGAAAGGAGGCAGACAGGGAGGAACGGCUGGCAGAGAAAAAGGCAGCGCGCGCGGCAGCGGCCGCCAAGCAGAGCCAGGCAGAAGAAGACGACGACGAAGAAGCGUCGGAGGAAGAGUCUGGAGAGGAAGACGCCAGACCAGAGCCAAGUGCGGGUGGAAAGUCCAAUCUGCUGCAAGAUUCUCGAUUCUCGGAGCUGUUUACCAAUCCCCAGUUCGAGGUCGACGAGACCAGCAGAGAGUUUGCCAUGGUCAACCCGCGAGCGGCAGCGGCGCAAAAGAAGAAGAGGGAGCGAGAUCUGGAGAGCAACGUCGCUGCACCCAGAAAGCUCACGGCCGUCGAGGAAGAAGAGGCGGAGAGCGACCGUGUGUCGCUGGACCCGGAUCAGGAAGACGACGAAGAGAGCGAAUCGGACAAUUCGGGUCGCGACGACGAUGCCAUCUACCAGCGGAACCGCGCGAAUGUCAGGGAUCAGCGGCUCAACUUCAGCCGGACCACCAAGGGCGCUGCAAGGGGUGUGAGGCCCGUUGAUGAGGAAGGUGACGAUGGCGACGGCGACGACGCUCAAGAUGAUGGUGACGAGCACCGUGUGUCAUACAAGCGACCAGGAAGUCUGAAGGGCAAGAAGACCUUUGGUCAACGUAUGCGCGAUGGUCCAAAGUCUGCCACGACUUCUGACGCCGAAGCUGCCUUUGAGCCAUCGUCUAGGUCAUUCACCUUCACGCCGUCUUCAACCAGCAGCGCCAAGGGGUCAGCAAGCCGAGACAAGGGCAAGAAGAAGGGCGAAGAGACCUUUGGUGCCGGCCUGUCAAAGGGAGCUGGAAGCGAGCAGGGCGUGGGCGUCGAAGGCCUCGAGCACAACCAGCGCUUCGGAAGAGACAAGCGGCGGAAAGUGGGGAGGAGCGCGAGCAAGAAUGUCAUGCGGGAGCGCCAGUAAAGGCAGCUGUAGCUUGCGGUGCCCUCUUUUUGCUUCUGUAUUGUAUCGCUGCCUUCUGGGAAUAUCAGAAUCAAGAUAAUUGCGCA